AAACUAGAGCAGCAGUUUUCGUACGCUAGUGGGCAGACGUCGUCUAUCAGCUCAGGAAGUUAAAAUCUUGUAAAAUUUUAGCAACUUUGACAAUCAUUUUCUGAUAUCGAAAAAUGAGAGGGAAAAGGAAUCUUGACAACGGGCCAGGUCCAAUUCCUCAACGGUGGCUGCACUGUCCUCGAAAGGCCAAAUCUGCAGUGGGAGGCAAAUUUUUAGCAUUUCAAACGCCACUGGAUGCAAGAGACGAUAGUCAAGUUGACGAUGAAUAUAAUGUUCACCCUGAAAUGGUAUUUUCAUCAGCCAAAAAUUUGCUGAAGUUGAAAAUUGGCCUUUGGAUCGAUCUUACUAAUACCAGCCGGUACUACGACAAGAAUGUAGUAGAAGAAAAUGCAUGCAAGUACGUGAAACUCGAAUGCAAAGGACACAGUGAAACUCCCAACCCUGAAACUGUGGACCUCUUCAUCAAAAUUUGCACGGAAUUCAUUUCACAGAAUCCGUCACAAAUAAUUGGAGUCCACUGCACCCAUGGCUUCAACCGAACCGGCUUUCUCAUUGUUUCAUACUUGGUACAGGCCUUGGACUGGUCAGUAGGAGCUGCAGUCAAGGAAUUUUCUAAAGCAAGACCGCCGGGAAUUUUAAAGCAAGAAUAUAUUAGAGAACUUUUCACUCUUUAUGGUGACAUGGAUGAGGCCGCACCUGCCCCUGCCUUCCCAAUGUGGCAUUGUAAGGCUGAUGAUGAUACCCUCAUCAAAGAAAAAACAGAAGCUGUUGAUGGAGUCACCAUUGCUAAGACUUCAACAUUUAAUUUACUAGUUGAUUAUCCUUCAUCUGACGAAUCAGAUGCUUCAAUGGAUGAUUCAGGAAAGACUCGGCCAGAUGAAACAUCCACUCCUAGGAAAGGAGUGAAAGGCAAGAAAAAGCCUGCAUUAUCCCAAGAAGAAAGACUCUCUCAAGUGUUUACAAAUUUUUUCACUCAAAAGAAAACAACCCCGGCCAAGAGUGAUGACCAACCUUCAUGUCACAAUUCAUUAACCUGUAUCUUAGCGUUCCCACCUUUCCAGAUAAAAGAAAACAUGAAAUUAGCCCCUACUGUUCGAACGGAAUUUGAUACACUCAGAAAGGAAAAUUUUGAGCAAAUCCUGCAAAAGUCGAAACCUACAACUGAAUUAAAUCCUCGCCAGUACAUAGAAAAUAGAGGAAGAAGCUGUGGUGCUACUUGGCCGCUUGAUAAGGAUAAUGAGAAUAAUGAUGUGGAAGUGAUUGGCGAGGACGAAGCGGAAGCCCCCACGAUCGUCCAUGCUGUCUCUCGAAGAAUGCGGCCCAAGUUAUUGAAGUUUUAUGAAAAUCGUCGUCCUGCUUAUUGGGGAACCUGGAGAAAAUCGAGUAAUACAGUGGGUCCAAGACGUCCUUUCGGCAAAGAGGUCAUAUUCGAUUACGAUGUCGAUUCUGAUGAUGAAUGGGAGUCUGUUGAACCGGGCGAAUCUUUGACCGAUUCCGAAGGUGAAGGCGAAGAAAAAGAGCCAGCCGACGAAUAUGAGGUCAAUGAAUUCCUUGUACCCCAUGGAUACUUGAGCGACGAAGAAGGAGAGAAGGACGAGGACGAGAGAGCUCUAUCCCCGUCUGCAGCCAAAAUUAAACUCAAGUUAAAGGAAGAGCAAUUUGAGAGAGAAAUGAAGAAGGAGACGUUUGAUAUCAAACCCAGCUUGAUCGGUUGUUGCUGGUCGGAUGACCUUAACCCUAAUCCGCAGCAUCUCAAAGUUCUUGAGCGCAACGCAGCGGUUGUAUUGUCUUCAACACUGCCAAUAGAACUAAAAAGUGAAUAUGGGGAGCCGGAUGAAAACAUCAACAAGAAAACAACUAAACGCUUCGUUAAUGAAAAAGACAUACCUGACCUUAUUCGCGUACUUCAUGGAAGCUUAUUCGGUAAAUCCACGAUUGUUCAAGAGUUUCAGUUGCAUUUGGAACGCAAUAGAGACGGAGAAAACCAGAAAGGUCCGUCCAAAGCACAAAUAUUGGCCAAAAUUGCUCAAAUUGCGUCGUAUAGCAGAUGUACAGAAGCCGGAGCAAUGAACGGAAGAAAAUGUUGGCUCGUGCAACCAAAUUUUCUUGAGCAUUACAAUCUUGCUGAAUUAUCGGUGAUUAAUGCUUGGGAAUUCGCUACCGAGACGAAAAAGCGAGGAAGUAAGGCCGACGAAUCUAAAGAUCCCGCGCGUGUCGCCCAUUAAGGAAUGUGAUCAGCCAGGUAGUUUCUUCAUCGCAGGAUAACGAGCUUCUAGAAUCGGUAAAAAUUCAAAUGAGCCAGCUAAGCAACCAACAAACCCAAGAGUGACACUAAAAAGACUCAUUAUAAACUGACGACUCAUUGGAUGGGGUGAAAUGUUUUACUGUUGAGUUAUUUGUGUCGUUCCUUUCGAGUAAUUUUAUGUUUAGAGCAUGUUUUUUUCCCCUGCAAAAUUUAAAAAUUUAUAUGUUGAAAUAUGGGAUGUAUUUUUUUCUGUAACCGUUGCAUACACCUAAAUUUCUAUUACACGGAUGAAAUAUA